AUGACGACAAUAGAGUGUUCAACAAUAAAUAAUGAAACUUUAGCUCAUCUUAUUAUUAUAAAUCAAAUGACUGCAACAACUGGAUGUACAUAUGAACAAGCAAAACAAUUAUUAAUUUCAACUGAUUAUAGACUAGAGGCAGCAAUAAAUUUAUUUUUCGAUGAACGAACAAUGCCAAUUCCUUGUUGCAAAUUUUCAGAAUUAAUUACACCAGCAAAUACUCCAGCAACACCACCAAAUUUUCCUGAAACUCUUCUUUCAUUUAAUAAAUUAUCAACAUCAUCAGGAACAUCAUCAUCGUCAUCAUCAACAUCGACAACAACAACAACAACAAUUGUAUCAAAUGAUAAUCAAAUUUCUUCAACAACAACAAAUCAUUCAUUAUCAUCAUCACCAAUGAAUAUGACAAUGAUGAUGAUGGAUGGAACUGCUUAA